UCAGUCAUAAUGAUUUUGGAGGCAUUUCGAUCCCAUAAUUCAUUGGUUCCAUGAAACAAUUACGACCCUUGUCUCUUGGGAAUUGUUAUUUUAGUGGGAUUAUUCCUCCUCAGUUAGGGAACCUUACCAACCUACGCUCACUUGACCUUAGUUGGAAUGAAUUCGGAGAAAUUCCAAUCCCACAAUUCAUUGGUUCCAUGAAACAAUUACAACACUUGUCUCUUCAAUUCUCUAUGUUUUCUGGGAGCAUUCUUCCUCAGUUAGGGAAUCUUACCAGCCUACGCUCACUUGACCUUAGUUGGAAUGAAUUCGGAGGCAUUCUGAUCCCACAAUUCAUUGGUUCCAUGAAACAAUUACAACACUUGUCUCUUCAAUUCUCUAUGUUUUCUGGGAGCAUUCCUCCUCAGUUAGGGAAUCUUACCAGCCUACGCUCACUUGACCUUAGUCAGAAUGAUUUUGGAGGCAUUCUUACCAACCUACGCUUACUUGAUCUCUCACUCAACUCUUUGUGUUGUGUAUCUCUUUCUCAACUUGGUCUUGUAUUUAAAUCACUCAAAAUAUUGGACUUGUCUAAUAAUCAUCUCAACGGAUCAAUGCCGGACGUUAGAGCAUUUCCUUCAUUGACAAAAUUGGACCUUUCAAACAAUAACUUUACAGGUUCCAUACCUGUAACUAUUGGCCAUCUCUCCAAGCUUCAAGAUCUAGAUCUUUCACUAAAUUCUUUGGAAGGUUUAGUUCCUCUAAGCAUUGACCAACUCUCAAAGCUUCAAUCUCUAUAUCUUUCUCAUAAUUCUUUGGAAGGUUUAGUCAUUAAAUCCCAUUUCUCCAAGCUUGAUAAGUUAAAGUCACUAGAUCUAUCCUUCAAUUCAUUCAUCUUGGAUGAUGACUCUAAUUGGUUUAUGCACCCAAACUUUUCAGUUGGAUAAUUUAAAUUUAGCCUGGUGCAAAGUGGGCCCAUUUUUUCCAAAAUGGCUCCAAACUCAGUCAAAUUUGGGCUACCUUAAUCUCAAUGGCACCAAUAUAACAGAUGAAGUCCCACGGUGGUUGUGGAGUACGUCUCCUUCAUUACAAUACUUAUUUCUCUCGUACAAUCAAAUAAGUGGUACAGUUCCGAAUCUCUUAACCACCUCCAUUAGGUAUAUGGAUCUCAGUAACAAUCAAUUCCGGGGUCCUAUACCAUUAUUUCCUGUCAAUGCUUCGCAUAUUCAGCUGAAUGGAAAUAUGUUCUCGGGUUCAAUUUCAUCUCUUUGCAAAACUCCCCAUGAUUAUCUCGAAUACUUUGACCUAUCAAAUAAUCAGUUGGCGGGAGAGGUUCCCAACUGUUGGGAUAAAAUGCCAAGCUUGAGAUACCUCAAUUUGGCUAACAACAGUUUUUUGGGUGAAAUUCCUCCCUCUUUCGGCAACUUAAAAGAAUUACUUGCACUCCUGUUGCAUGGUAAUGGCUUUUCCGGUGUGUUGCCUCACAAUUUGCGACAAUGCCAAGAACUGAGAAUCAUUGAUAUUGGAAGAAACAAGUUAACAGGAGAGAUCCCCACUUGGAUUGGCAAGCUUUAUCAAAUGCAAUUUCUAAACUUUCGUGGAAAUAAAUUGCAUGGUAGUAUUCCUCCCGAGAUAUGCAAUCUUACUAUUAUUCAGGUUCUGGAUUUGUCAAUAAACGUUCUGUCUUCGAUAAUACCUAAUUGCUUCAACAAUUUCACUCUCUUGGCAAGUGAGAGUAUCAGUGACACAUUUGCUUAUGUAGUUACUUUAGGUACACGGUUUGGAGGCUACGAAACAUGGGAGUAUGAAUAUUCAUCAUUUCAAUGGAAAGGACUAUGCGGCGACCCUCUACCAAUGUGCCCCGAAGAUAGCUUGAAGCCAUCCACCACUAAUUCGAGGGACAACAUGAAUGAUAACGAUGGAAACAUCUUCUCAUUUAUGCAAGAAGUUGGGAUAUCAAUGGGCUUUGGUUUUAUCUUUGGAUUUUGGGGAGUCAUUGGUUCAUUCAUCCUGAAGAAAUCAUGGAGAAUUGUAUUCUUCAGUUUUUUGGAUGGUGCUGGAGAUUGGUUCUAUGUCAGGAUUGCUGAGUUUGUAUCCAAAUGGAGACGAAGCUGAAAUGCAGCGGUGAAAUUACAGGUUGUAGAGUUGAAUGAAGGUGCACAAAGUCAUGGCUUGUGAUCUUUCUAUGUAAUUUUUUCUUCUUUAUGUAAUUUUACUAUAUGUUUUCAGUCUUUUUACUUUCAUUUGUAAGCUCAUGUUGGUGUGUUUUUGUUUAGAAUAAAUUUACUUCUACACAAACAAUAUGUACUUGCACUUUCCCAAUAAUCGUAUAAA